AUGUACAUAUACGACCUGGACGCGCAUGGCCACACCGCCACUGCCGAGGACAGGCGCAUGUCCUUCAGCUCACUGGACUCGGACGAGAACUCGUUUGCUACAGCAGCAGAGUCGCGAACCAACAGCGGCUUGGGCGUCGCCAACAGCGGCCUCAGCAACGCCCGCCCCAUGACUUCCUCUCAGCUCACUCCUGCCACGGCCCUGAGCUCAAACUGGCCUGGCGGCAUCCUCCGCCGUAUCGACAUCCGUGUCGAGUCCAAGGAGCUACUCGAGCCUCGGAGUGACGCGGCUGCUCGGCCCCAGUCACGCCCCUCCCCCCGCGGGGUCGCAGGAGAUCGCAGACGGACUUCUGAGGGCGAGGAUGAGGCCUGGGACGAGGUGGCUGCGUUCCUGCGGAAUGUGACGCCGCCGCCGUCCAACUUCAUGUCUGUGCCUACAGAACCAUACUCGCCGACGACCGUCUCUUCAAGGUCGAGUAUCCGGCGGAGGACGAGCAAGAAGAAGAAAGGGGCCCUGCGACGUUGCAUCUCUUUUUUGAGGGGGGCUUCCCGGCAGAAGAAGGUUUUGCGGAAGCCGUCUGUCAGGCCAGCGUCGCCGACUCUCACCCGUUCUCCAGCUCGCAGACACAAGAAGCGCCCUCCACGCAUCACACUCCCGGACACCGCCAUCUCGGGCAGGACCGUUGACGGGCAUCGACACAUUGCCAUUUCUAUCCCUAUUGAGCAUGCCCACCUAGGCCCAGAGCCGCGGCUCAGGUUUCCCAGGGCCGAGAGGAGGACGAGAUCAAUGCCCGUGGUAGAGAUGAAUCCUGCCGUCUACAGCGAUGUCAAUGUCAGACCAAUGACUGCCUUUGUCAACGAGCCACACAUAGGGACGCAAUUGGGACCUGUGGCUGAAGAGCGAGAGUCGCUGUCGUCGAGGUCGUGGGAGAGGUCGAGCUCAGGAGGCCUCGACGAAGCGCGCAAGGUCCGACUGGCAUCGAGACAUACGUUUGGCACAGUUCAGGAAGAGCUCAGCAGGCCCAACACAAGCUCCAUUUCACCACCAAAAACUCCGAGACGCAUCAGCGACGACUCAUGGUCACCACGCACCAGUGACGAGACGCGUGAAUCAAUGCAUAGACAGGCGCUCGCCGCCCUACAGAGGCCUAGAACAGCCCCAAGGCCCGUCAGUGGCCAGUCCGGCUACAGUUUUCGCUCAUUUACAUCGGCGUCGCCGGCUUCCAAGGUGUCGUAUCCGAUGCGAAAAUCCAGCCUCCACCCUCAAGGUUCCGAAAACAGGCGGUCGCGAGCACGCAGUGAUUCUGGCCAGCGCGCUCAUAACGAGCACAGCCGUGAUUCCUCGAGGGACCAGUACACGCUCCAAGAGUCCAUCUUCUCGGAGCCUUCGUUCCUGGAGAGUUAUGGCACGAUGGCGAGCGGCUCGGAGGUCGAGCUGGGCGUCAUCAAAGAGGCGAAGCGUGCGAAGCGAUUCUCUGGUACGGCAGAAAUCGUGGAUACGCCACCGAGAACGAGUCUCGAGGCGGGGGAGGUGAGUGGCAGGGAAAACGCGAGGGCAAGUGUGAAGGAAAAGAAGCGGAGCAGCGGUCACGACAGCAAACGGUCGAGUGGGCACAGCAAGAGGAGCAGCAAGCGAAGCAGCAAGAGGAGUAGUGGUACAAUCGAGGAGGAAGAGUCAUUUGUGGAGAAGACCAGAGACUCGACAGCUACAGUGCUGUUCAACCCGGAGGUCAAGAAAGUUGACGAGAGUAUUACGAGGCAGCCGCAGUCGCGGAAGUCUGUGGAGAUCGUGGUCGAGACCCCGACCGACACCGUAUUUCCACGCGAGGAGCCCGAGACCAAAGAUGAGGAAACCGUACAAGCUCAGAAGGCGUCAUCCGAGGGAUUGGAACAGGAACGUGAAGUCAAAGGCAAAGAGAGACAGCAGAGGCUUCAGCAAAGCCCAAUCUUCGACGUGCCUGUGCAGGAGAAAGAAUCGAAAGGCAAAGGCAAGGAGAAGGCGGUCAGCCCUGUGCUGGAGGCCGUAGAGGAUGAUGACGAACGCAAGCCCAAGGCAAAGGCACAGAACGAGGAGACCGCCCAGAGUCCGUUGCCGAGCCCCAAGCAGCGGAAAGAGAGGAGGAAGUCAACAAUCCUGACUAGGUCGCAGCGGAUUGCUGAGUUGAAGAAGGCCCUGGAUAUGCCUGGCUCGGAGCCCAAGGAUUUGGUGUGGCGGCGGCUCAGUGUCUCGUCUGAUGGAAGCUCCAACUCGACGGAGAAGGAGGCCAAGGCCGAGCCAAAGGACAUCUUGGUUCACGUUCCUGUUGUUCCGGAGAACAACCCCUACAGUCUGAAGACGACACCGGGCCGCUUUGGUAUCAGCGCUGUCAUGACUGUUGCGGAUGUCAAACCGUCCAGUCCGCUUACGGCGUCUCCCGUGCUGGGGAUUGAGAAGAAGAACUCCCUACCGCUCUCGGUUUCGUCCCCGGGAACCGUGGCUACUGUCGUCAUGACCUCGCCUGUGCCGCCAUUCCGAAGCCUCGGCAGCGUCACGCCGCCAGACUCGCCUCCGCAAUCGCGUUCGUCUUCGUCGCCAAUCUCAUCGCUCGAGACACAGACGCAGGCCACGGCACUCAAGCACCCACCUCUCAAGCGGCUCAGCUCUCUGCGCCGACGCCCUUCUGUUCCCGGGCGACAAUCGCCAGCCCUGUCUGGCAGGAUAUCACCGAUCAUGCAGGAGAGCACGCCCAGGCCCAAGACGGCGGGCAAGGGCGUCCUGGCCUCUAGGAAGGACUUCUACGGAGGGCGGCAAACUCCUGAAUCUCCUGAGCAGGACCGGGUUGAGGCCAGUACCUCUGUUUUGAAGAUGUCACGCUCUGAGAUCUUCGACCGGUACGAAGCACUACGCGAGAAGCAGGCUCGAGAUAUGGAGAAGAGGCUCGAGAGGCUGGAGAGGAGUGGUGACUACUGGCUGACGUCGAUGCUUCCUCUGCUGAAGGACUUGAGCCAGACGCUAGGAGACCUUGCUAAGGGCAAGGGAAAGGAGGCUGAUCAGGAGGCUGAAGCCCCGAGUAUCAGGACCACGAGAAGACCGGAGACGAGCUAUCACAACGAUGGCAGGCGGAGCCGGUUUGGCGGCAGAUUCGACGAGGAAGACGGCGGACCAAGCACGCGCAGAAGGUACAUAGCCGGAGACGACUCUUUCGAAAGUGACGAGGAAAUCAUGCGCCACCCGUAUGUGCCUACAGACCGUUCAAGGGCCAACACCGGCGUCUCCGAACGAUCCCGCCGACUUUACCUUCUCGAUGAGCAUCCCGACCUCGGGCGCCGUGUCGACGACUACGACCAUGCCGCCGACCAGCGCCGCACCCGCAGCCACAGCCGCCACCGUCGAUCACAGACAGCAGACGGGCAGAAGCCAACGCGCCCGGGGACGCUGUCCGGGACCACGACCAUGAUCGACAGCAGCGGAGCCCGGACGAGCUCGAUGGGCACCGUGUCCAGGACGGCCGCCAACACCAGCGCCAACACCGCCAACACCGCACCGGGCCCACAGCGCCUGCAGGACGAGGUCGAGGCGGAGCUGGAGCGCAUCAAGCGAAUGGAGCGGCUCAACGAGCGCAUCGACUCGCACAUGCGCGGGCUCUCGCGCGAGCUGAGCCAGCGGCGCCGCCACGGGUGGUCGCCGCCGCAGCAGUCGUCGUCCUCCCGCGCCGCGCGACGCGGCGGCCUAACCAGGUACGAGAGCCGGAGCGAGGCCAGCCUGGCGACGUACGCGGCGCCGGACGAGAGCGGCGGACGGGCCUACUACAGCGGGAUGCACACCGUCGAGCCGCUCAUGCGGGAGCUGCAGUUCGGCGGCAGCCGGCUCAGCCUCGAGAGCUCCGGGUCCGUCGGCUUCGAGGGGGACAGCGAGGUCCAGCGCCUGAGGGAGGGCCCGCGGGCCGUGAUUGGGUUUGGGGCCUUUGGUGGGCGUGGGCUUUGA